AUGUUUAAACUCACUGGUAAUGCUUCAUUCGUUGCCUCGUGCGGAAAGCAGUUCUUUCUGAGCAAUUCGAUCAAUCUACGGACUAAACCACUGGUAGCGUCACUGAUGGGGCCGCAAGUGCUCUUGACUAGCGCGAAGAGACUAGUUGGACUCUCAAACACUGUUGGUAAGACGAGGUUCUUCUCCCAGACAGGAGCGAUUAAGUCGAGAUGGAGUAACGGACUUGGAGGAAGUGCAACAGAUAGAUACGCACGGUUGAACCGAUUCCAAAUGUACCAAGGUGGUCAAAAGAAUAAUAAUACUAUUGGUAAGAUGACUAUUUUCAGUGUAUCGGUAAUGGCUGGUGUAUUCUUCCUAUCCCCAUACCUUUUCCAGUACGUGCCACCUUUCACCUACUUCAAACACAACCCGUCUCAUAUGGUAUACGGUCUACUUGGUAUCAACGCUGUUGUAUUUGGCCUGUGGCAACUUCCCAGGAAUUGGAGAAUACUACAGAGAUAUAUGAUGUUGGAAAAGGACCACAUUUACAGCAAAUGGUCAGUAAUAGGAAGUGCUUUCUCACAUCAGGAGCUAUGGCAUCUAGGUAUGAACAUGUUAGCUUUGUGGUCAUUUGGUACAUCCCUAGCUUCAAUCCUGGGUGCUUCGAAUUUCUUUUCCUUGUACAUGAAUAGCGCAGUCGCAGGUUCGCUAUUUUCCUUAUGGUAUCCACGAAUUGCACGUUUAGGCAUGAUUGGUCCCAGUCUGGGUGCCAGUGGUGCACUUUUUGGGGUCUUUGGAUGUUUCUCAUACUUGUUCCCAAGUGCUAAGAUACUGCUUCUUGUGUUCCCAAUUCCGGGUGGUGCCUGGGUAGCAUUUUUAGCGGCCAGUGCAUGGAAUGCAGCCGGUUGUGCCCUAAGAUGGGGAUCAUUCGAUUAUGCUGCUCAUUUGGGUGGGUCUCUAGUAGGCGUCCUGUACGGUUGGUACAUCAGCGAAAAUGCUAAGAGACAAAGAGAGAAGCGACUACAAAAGCUGACCAAAUGGUUUUAG